AUGUCUGAAGAAACAGAUUUUAACAAAACAAUUAAAAUUGAACCGUUCGAUGAUUAUCCUCAAGUGAAACAGGAAUUCGAUGAUUGUGAAAAUACAUUAGAAUUGUAUAUGGAUGAUGAUAUAUGUCUGCACCAAUUUUUAAAAUCUGAGGUUACAAUUGAUGAGGAAAUAAAACAAGAAACGAUUGAUAACCAACAUGAUAUGACUAACACAAACAAAACAGUUUCAUAUGAAAGUUCUUAUAUAUGCGAUGAAGAGGUCAAUAAUUCAUGUAAUUUAGUCGAUAGCACAAACAAAUCAUUUGAAGGAGUUUCAGCAAAAACUAAAACAACUAAUAACUUGAAACCAUAUAAAUGUGAAUCAUGCAAUAAAACAUUCACAGCAAAACAAAACUUACAAAAACAUGAAAUGAUUCACACUGGGGAACGCCCUCAUGAGUGCAAAAUAUGCAAUAAAAGAUUUUCACAGGCAGGUAAUUUAAGAAAGCAUUUAUCAGUGCAUACUGAAGAACGCGCUUAUGAUUGUGAAAUAUGCAAUAGAAAAUUCAAAACAAAAGAAAACUUAAUUAAACAUAAAGUGGUCCACACUGGAGAACGGUCUCAUGAGUGCAAGAUAUGCAAAAAAACAUUUUCACAAUCAAGGAAUUUAAGACAGCAUUUAUCAGUGCAUGCUGAAGAACGACCUUACGCAUGUGAUAUAUUGCAUACUGAAGAAAGACCUUAUGAAUGUAAGACAUGCAAUAAAACAUUCAAAACAAAACCUGCAUUAGUGCGACAUGAAAGAGGACAUACUAGAGAACAAACUGUAAUUAAAAAGUCAACAAAUUAG